AUGAUGUCUGAAGAUGGUUCUAGUUACAACACAGAUUUUCCAAGAAACCCUCUUUGUAUCUUCCUAACUGAUUUCAGAUCAGUAUUGAAAUUUGAUGAGCUCGGUUUAGAGAUAGCGCGAAUAGCUUUACCUGCAGCACUUGCUUUAACAGCUGAUCCUAUUGCAUCUCUAGUUGACACAGCCUUUAUAGGCCAAAUUGGUCCUGUAGAGCUUGCUGCAGUUGGAGUUUCAAUUGCUUUGUUUAAUCAAGUUUCGAGAAUCGCUAUUUUCCCACUUGUUAGCAUCACAACUUCCUUUGUAGCAGAGGAAGAUGCUUGUAGUUCUCAGCAAAACACUGUCCAAGAUCAUAAAGAAUGUAUUGAAACCGGUACCAACAAUACAAAGGAAGAAGCUCAAGAACUAAUUCCUGAAAACAGUAAAGAUUCUGUAUCAGAUGAAUCGAAAACGAGUAGCGGUAUCUUUAGUGUUAGUAAACCUCCAGUGAAGAAAAGAAACAUACCAUCAGCUUCAUCUGCUUUAAUCAUUGGAUGCUUUCUUGGUGUUUUUCAAGCUGUGUUUCUUAUAUCCGCAGCGAAACCUCUCUUGAAUUUCAUGGGAGUUAAACACGAUUCUCCAAUGUUGAGACCUGCUCAGAGAUAUUUAUCUUUACGAUCACUCGGUGCACCCGCUGUUCUUCUUUCACUCGCGACACAAGGCGUUUUCCGCGGUUUUAAAGACACGACAACUCCGUUAUACGCAACUGUGAUUGGAGAUGUUACAAACAUAAUACUCGACCCAAUUUUCAUAUUCGUUUUCCGACUUGGCGUUACAGGAGCAGCCACUGCUCAUGUUAUAUCUCAAUACCUUAUGUGUGGAAUACUCUUGUGGAAACUGAUGGGUCAAGUCGAUAUUUUUAACUUCAGUACUAAACAUCUUCAGUUCUGUAGAUUCAUGAAAAAUGGAUUUCUUUUACUGAUGAGAGUAAUCGCGGUAACAUUCUGUGUAACUCUUUCCGCGUCACUAGCUGCACGAGAAGGACCUAUUUCUAUGGCAGCUUUCCAAGUUUGCUUGCAGGUUUGGUUAGCUACUUCACUUCUUGCAGAUGGGUACGCGGUAGCUGGCCAGGCGAUACUAGCGAGCGCAUUUGCCAAAAAAGACUACAAAAGAGCUGCAGCUACCGCCUCUCGUGUACUACAGUUGGGAUUGGUUCUCGGGUUUCUACUCGCGGUUAUACUUGGAGCAGGAUUGCAUUUCGGAGCAAGAUUAUUCACGAAAGACGAUAAAGUCUUACAUCUAAUUAGCGUAGGACUACCGUUUGUGGCAGGAACACAACCAAUCAAUGCUUUAGCAUUUGUAUUUGAUGGAGUUAACUUUGGUGCAUCAGAUUUCGGUUACGCAGCAGCGUCAUUAGUAAUGGUGGCUAUACUUAGCAUUUGUUGUUUGCUCUUUCUCUCAUCGACUCAUGGGUUUAUUGGACUUUGGUUUGGUCUCACCAUUUACAUGAGUCUUAGAGCAGCCGUUGGAUUUUGGCGGUAA